UUCGUGCUGUUCUGAACCUUGUUAUUAUAGCUAGGCUUCCCAUUGGAAUUCUCCGAAUUAACUAUUAUACAAUAUAACCAUGGAGUCAAAGCUUGUCCCCUUCAUGGCCAACCGUGAUGACGAGCUUCAUAUAGCCAUGUUUCCAUGGCUUGCCUUUGGUCAUAUGAUCCCAUUCUUGGAGCUUGCCAAGCUCAUUGCUCAAAAGGGUCACAAAAUCUCCUUCAUUUCCACUCCUAGAAACAUUGAUCGCCUCCCCAAACUCCCUCCACAUUUAGCUCCUUUCAUAAAUUUUGUUAAGAUUCCAUUACCUUACGUCGAAAACCUCCCUCGUUCUGCAGAAGCAACAGCAGAUUUACCUGCCGAAGAUGUCGUGCACCUCAAAAAGGCCUAUGAUUGUCUCCAAGAACCCUUGUCCAAUUUCCUCCAAUCAUCCCUUCCUGACUGGAUUGUCUUCGAUUUUGUUUCUUAUUGGGUACCUGAUAUCGCCUGCAAAUUUAACAUCCCUAGUGUUUACUUCAGUAUAUUCAUUUCCGCCUGUCUUUGUUAUCUCAGUUCAGGAGAGGAAGACUAUCGCAGAGUUAUUGAAGAUUACAUUGUAGCACCCAAGUGGGUUCCAUUUCCUUCCAAAGUAGCGUAUCGCCUUUUCGAAGUCCGAAAGAUCUUCGAAGCUGGAAUAACUGGCGAUGAAUCCAAUAUUUACGACAUUAAGCGUUUUCAAGAAACAAUGAAAAAUUGUGACCUAAUAGCUGCAAGAACAUGCUUUGGAUUAGAACCAGAAUGGCUCCAACUGACUGAGCAACUUCACCAAAAACCGGUUUUUCCAGUCGGUGUACUUCCUAGAGAAACUGAUCAAGAUAGUGAAGAAGAUCAAGAAGAAACGUGGAAGCCAAUCAAGAAAUGGCUUGACAGGCAAGAAAAAAGAUCAGUUGUCUAUAUAGCCUUUGGUAGCGAGGCCCUACCGAGUCAAGAAGAAGUAAUUGAGAUAGCUCAUGGAUUAGAACUAUCAGGACUACCUUUCUUCUGGGUAUUAAGAAAGAGUUGCGGAUUAUCCGAGGAAGAAGAAGUUGUUGAUUUGCCUAAUGGAUUUGAGGAUCGAGUUAAAGAUAGAGGAAUGGUGUUCACAAACUGGGCACCUCAACUUAGGAUUUUAGGCCAUGAAUCGAUAGGUGCAUUCCUGACUCAUUCUGGAAUUUGCUCAGUCGUGGAGGCAUUACAACAUGGGAGACCACUUGUGCUUUUGCCGUUCAAUUCAGAUCAAGGGCUUAAUGCUAAACUUCUCGAGGAGAAGAAAAUUGGAUAUCUGAUGCCCAGAAAUGAGGAAGAUGGAUCAUUUACAAGGAACUCAGUGGCCGAGUCAUUGAGGUUAGUGAUUGUUGAAGAAGAAGGGAAAAUUUACAGGGAUAAAGCUGAAGAGAUGAGAGCAUUGUUUACAGAUAAAGAUAGACAAAGCCGUUAUGUUGAUGCUUUUUUGGAUUACCUUAAAACUCAAAGGCUUCGGGAAAAUGGCAAUAAAGUGACUUGAGAAUGUUAUUAAUUAUCGGAUCAAGAUCCAUUUGCUAAGGUUUCAAUUCUUAUCUCUCGUGUAUCUAUAAAUAUUGCCCUAAAAAGCAAGAAACAAAAGGAGAAUAAUAAGAUUGUUUUAUAUUUUAGUAUUAAUAAUUUA